UGUGACAUUUUACGGCAGUGUUCGUUUCUGAUACGAAACUUUCAAUAAUGAUCAAUAUUAUACCUGAAGAAAUAUCUGAAAUGCAAUUUCUAUAAUAAUUAAUUUAUAUUGACCUUAAUACAUCAAUAAUGUGUGAUGUUUGUACGGAAUUUUCACAGCUUUUAGUGAAUUGUGAAACAAGAUUAACUGAUGAUGUAUCUCAAUAUCCAACAAUAAGCCAGUCUGAGCUUGAAACUGUCUUGAACUACAUUAUAUCUUGGCCGCAAAGGCAAUGCAUGUGCUGCUACAGAGAUGUAAAGAACUUUGAAAGAUUUUACUUACUAGUACAGAGCAUUCUGUGCUUGUCUGUAUGUCAAUUGAAACUACUUAAAGAUGACCUUAUUGAAGCUGCAAAAGCUCCUCCAGCUGAUGAAAAACAAAAACAAGCUACUGAGACCAAUGUACCUAGAGAUGAAGAUAAAUCGACUGAACCAAAAGAGCCCCAGAUAGAUAAUGAGCUCACAGCAUCUUCAUCAGAAAAACUUGAGCCGUCAGCUGAAGAAUUGCCCACUGAUGAUGCUGGAAUAUGGCCUAUACAACAGAAAGAGAAAUUGAUGCACAUUGUGUCCAAAAUAUUCUUGUUGAAUUUUCCUCUAUACUUAGCAUGCAAGCAUUCUGCUUUGAGUCGUUUAGAUGACCUCUCUGCUCAAGAGAUAUCAAAUCUAAGUUCAUACUGUGAUCUUCAUGACACAGAAAUCCCAGCAUAUUUACUUCGUAAUGUUAGUUUAUUUUGUAAAUUAGGAGGUGUAUGUGCUAUGACAUCAGUAUUUGAACAUGCCACAUCGUCAACUCUUCCUUUGUCAAUGGCCCAUGCCAUAGUAGCAGCUAUUGGUAAUCUGAAAUUGUGGUUGAACUUUAGAGCAGUUGCGCAGCUGUUUAUGCCCUUGAGGAGCAAAAUAUUGAAGUACAUGUGCAGCUUAGAAGAUAAAGAUCUUAGGAUGCCAGCUGUUAAAUCUAUGGCAGAUUUUAUGUGGGGUGCAGCAAAGGAACCCUUAGAUGCACCUCUGGCUUUUGAUGGAGAUGGAUUAGCAUUGGCCUUUAAGUAUUUCAACAGUAGCACACUCACCAUGCGACUUGGUGGUGUGGCCCAAAUUAAUGCACACAUCGCAGCAUAUAAUGAAAUGUGUGCCGGGGAACCAACAUCUGAUCCAGAAGUAGCUGGUCAACAAUUAGCAUCAUGGCUCACACACAAUCAUAUCAUUGAACAUCUGUUUGGACCCAAUUUGCAUGUGGAGGUUAUAAAGCAGUCCCACAUGAUACUUAAGUUUCUGGCAGUCGAAGGUCGGGUGACCCCAGAGCAUGUAGAGUUGGUAUGGGCAGCUGCACAGCUGAAACAUUGUGGGAGGCAGGUGUAUGAUCUGCUACCUGGUUUUAUUAGAGCAUUGGCUCCAAAGCCCUGUGCUCAUCUCUACAGCCUACUCUGUGCUUUACCACCCAAAGAACACACAGAACAGAGUUUGUACUUGGCGUCGGCCCUGACUCGCGCGAUGUGGUCCCGCGGCUCGGGCGGCGCGUCGCCGGCGCUGGACGAGCCGCGCGUGCCGCCGCCGCCCUGCAAGCCGCCGCACCGCUCCUCCUCCGAGGCCAGCGUCAGCAUGGACCAGACCAAUUCCGACGACGAUCCGUGCGAAGAAUUAAGUACUUCAGGCGAAGAAGCCGGUCCGACGCCAAGGAAACAAAGCAAACAUCAACGUGAACUAACAGCCGAUCAAGACUGGUUACGUGAAGGGGAAGAGCUGGCGAAAAAGGAAUGCACCCCAUUAAAGUCCUGUCAAAAACGCAAUAAACGCGCCGGAAGCAGCGGCAGCGCUAGCAGCGGAGCGGAGGAGCUGCUCCGUCCCCGCAAGAAGAAACUCUACAAAAAGAGACACAAACCGGGCAAAGCUAGGCAUUUCCUAGCAACGCAGCUGAAGACGUCCGAACUGGCCGAGUCCGUUUCAGAAGUGGAAGAGGAAUCAUCUGGAAGCGAGACCGCGCAUUACCAGUUGCUCUGCGAUAACGUAGACGCUAGGAGGUUGAUGGAGCUUCGAUUGAUGGAGAGCUACAAGCGACGAGCCGGUGACGAGGAGGAGGGCAGUGCAUCUUCCGCGCUGUCUCCGCAUUCGCAUCCGCAUCUGGCCGACCUCGACGAAGACGAUUCCGCUUGUGAGGAAGAGUUGGCACGACUGGCACAGCAGUUUGUGACCCACCAGGCCCAGUGUAUAACGGAGUACCAGGCACAGAGCGCGCUGGCCGGGGCGCUGGAGGGCAAGCGCGGCCGGCCCGCCUCGCCGCUGCCCUUCAACGCGGACGACGUGUGCCGGCCCGGGAACACGCUGCUGUGGGACCUGCUGCAGGACGGCAACAUUGAACAAUUAGGCGAAGGAUUGGCGUUAGAAGCUGAAAAGGCUCUAUGCGCGCUACUUUGUUUCAGUACCGACAAAUUUAUUAGGAUUAAAUUCAUAGAAGGAUGUCUUGAUAAUCUUGCCAACCAUAGGUCUGUGGCUGUCUCGUUGCGCUUGCUACCAAAAUUGUUUUCGUCAUUUCAACAAUUGCGUGGAAUGGACAUGCAUCAAGUGGUGAUGUGGGCGGAACGCGAACGCGGCAUGAUGCGGCUGUUCGUGGAGGACCUGCGGCACUACACAAGCGUCCGCCGCGCCAGCACCACGGACGCGCAGCACUACGCGCACAUCACCGAGCUCACCGUGCGCCUACACUUCCUCACCGCCAUAUUCUCACCGGUCGGAUCGCCGCAUCACUUCAAAUUGACAGUGGAACAAGUCGAGGAACUGUGGCAGUGUCUAGUGGUGCGGGGCACGCCCGAGUGCGCCGACUGCCUGUACUCGUGGCUGCUGUCGCACACGAAGACGCCGGACCAGCACGCUCUGCACGCCCUGGGCCUGGACGCACUGAGAUUCUUGUACGUUGAAAAGAUGCCGACUUUGGAUCCAGAGACGAUAAGCAUCAUGGGAUUAAGUCUGUAUCAACAGCUGUGUAAUUUGGCACGAAUGGCCUUAGGAACCGCCGACUCCCGCGACACUGCACAUCCACAUACAUUAGCUAUGGAUCAUUUAUGGAAAAUUGCACUUAGAGCCAAUAGCACAGACGUGUCGAUGGGGGCCAUUCAGUACUUGAACAGUUACUAUAUGGGUCAGCAGCUCCAGCAAGAAGACGAUUUUGUUUCUAAAUGCAUGUUCCAUCUCACUUCCGCUGCCGAAAGAUUGAUAUCGACAAAGCAGGACGGAGAAGGCACUUCGUCAGCACAGAAUGAUGUAGCCACUGAAAGCAAAGAGGAGAAGACAAUAGACAAACAGAACAUUUACGAGCAUAUGACUGAAGAAGCGGCUCUGCAGUGCAUACAGAGGGCGCUUUUGUUGCUGAAAACACAUUUGGAUACGUUCAAGAGAAGAUACGCGUACCACCUGCGGCGCUGGCAGCUGUGCGAGAGCGGCGCGUGGGAGGGCGCGGGCGGCGCGGGCUCGGUGCGCGUGCUGCUGCAGCCGGCGGGCGCGGGGCCGCGCGCCACGCUCGCGCUGCACCCCUCCGACUACGUCGCGCAUCUCCGGGCGCACGUGCACCUCUGGUGGGAGAAACAGAUACAAGGUGAAGAAGGUGUGACUGCAUUAUCCACUGAUGGUCCUCUCCGCAUGAUAACACAAGGCCAAGAAUUAACAGUAGAUUACGACGAAAGAACUCUCUAUGACAUGGGGUUUAAAGAUAAUCAGUUGGUGUUCGUGUCUGUGGGUGUAGGAGGCCGCAGCGGGUGGGGGGAGUGGGCGCUGCCUCCGUCCCACGCGCGCUACCCCACGCUGCUGCUACUGGAGCCCACUUGCUUCCACCAGCUCUUCUCACUAAUGCAGGCUCUGGGCCAGAUGAAGGAACCAGGCCCUAACGGAGAACCCGUAGCUCACACCAAGGCACAACUACUCUCGCGUCGGGUGUGGGACAUCCUGCAAGCGGUUCCCCUGAACCCGACCCUUCUAGAAGCCUUCCAGAAUCCCACCGAAAGCAAAUUACCAGAACUGUUAGACCCCACCAGUCCACAGAAGCUCAUGUAUUCCUUGCAUAUAGUAGACAAGCUGAGUUCGACCAGUACCACACCCACUACUAAGGAAACACCCUCUAAUAAGGGAGAUGAAGAAAACAUAUGUAUCGAGACAUGGAAUGAUAUUUUUAUAAAAAAGGGAGGGUUGAGACUACUGUAUGAUAUAAUGAUGUCUGGAGUGCUACAAAGGAGCGAUGACAGCGAGUGGCGUCAGGAUUGCUUAGCCUUGCUCCUUCAACUGUUAUGCCGAAUCGGAACUCUUCCAUCGUCAGAUCCCUCGCAGACGCCCAAGCUGCAUCCUGCACUUCUGUCGUUGAUGAGCAUAGAGGAAACUACCGAGAGACUCAUCUCCAUACUAUCGGAAGCUGCAACCGUGAAAGAGCCUACAACAUACAAAACCGGAUUCUGGGGACGUGCACAGGUCGUCCAGCACGCGAUGAGGAUGUGCGUGUGGUGGGCUCGAGGUGGAGGCGAUCCGGUGUCGCUGGCCUGGGCUCUGAGGAAAACUGCUCCGAGACUACUGCUCGAUGAUGCCGAUCCAGCUGUCCGUCGCGAGGCGGGCAGCGCGCUGUACCGGCUGUGCGCGGGCGCGGCGUGCGUGCAGGCGCCCGUGCUGCAGCUGCUGCUGUUGCAGCUGCCCCGCGCCGCCGACAUGCGGCCCCACCACCACCACCCGCACCAUCACCAUCACGAGAUGGGUCAUCACCACACGGAAGAAGGCAAAGAGCCAUACGGCCCCGCUUGCAGGGAUUAUUUUUGGCUAGUUUGCAGACUCAUUGACGGGCUGCCUGAAGACUAUUUCAAAGAGGGGGCAACAUCAGACGACAGCGGGGCUCCUGAUCUGAACGAGCUCUGUGAACAGAUCCGAGCUUCUUUAGAAAAACGUGAGAUCAUCGAGAAGCGGACGGAGCCGUGUACUCCUGACGACGGACUGUACGGACAGCUGAGUCUACUCACGCAUUUGCUGAAGCAUCCACUCAGAUUCAAGACUUCAGAACAAGGCACUAGGACUCUUGAAAUGAUAUUCGGAUUUCUAUUUGACGUUCCGAACCCGGAGAACCGGAAUCUGCCGAAAUGUAAGUCCCAGAAGUCGCGGGCGGCGGCGUACGAUCUCCUGGUGGAGCUGGUGAAGGGCGCGCCCGACAACUACAUGGUGCUGCAUCACAAGCUGAUGGAACACCACAAACCUGGUCCGUCGUCGUCGUACCCGUGGGACUACUGGCCGGCGGAGGAGUCGCGCUCGGAGUGCGGGUUCGUGGGGCUGACGAACCUGGGCGCCACGUGCUACAUGGCGUCCUGCAUGCAGCACCUGUACAUGAUGCCGCCAGCGCGCGCCGCCGUGCUGCGCGCAGACCCCGCCGCCUCCCGCCACGCGCCCACGCUGCACGAGAUGCAGCGCAUGUUCGCCUACCUCAUGGAAAGUGAACGUAAAGCGUACAACCCUCGCAGCUUCUGCAAGGUCUACCAGAUGGAUCACCAGCCGUUGAACACGGGCGAACAGAAGGACAUGGCCGAGUUCUUUAUAGACCUCGUCUCUAAGCUCGAGGAGAUGACGCCCGAGUUGAAGAAACUGGUCAAGACGCUCUUCUGCGGUGUGCUCAGCAACAAUGUCGUGUCACUCGACUGUCCGCACGUGUCCCGCACUCUGGAGGAGUUCUACACGGUGCGGUGUCAGGUGGCCGACAUGCGCAACCUGCACCAGAGUCUGGACGAGGUCACGGUGAAGGACACGCUGGAGGGCGACAACUGCUACACGUGCUCACAGUGCUCCGCUAAAGUGCGAGCCGAGAAACGGGCAUGUUUCAAGAAAUUACCCCGGAUACUAUGUUUCAACACCAUGCGUUACACAUUCAACAUGCUGACGAUGCUCAAAGAGAAAGUGAACACCCACUUCUCGUUCCCGAUGCGGCUCGACAUGUCGGGAUACGUCGAGAAACAUCUUAUGCCGGCUCAAUACCAAGAAGAAAAGAGGAAAUCGGCUGAGUUAAGGAAAGAAGGGGAAGCCAGCCCGAAUGGUGAAGUCGAAGAUAAUUCUGAAUUCGAGGAGCACUAUGAGUACGAGCUGAUAGGCGUGACCGUACACACGGGCACGGCGGACGGCGGCCACUACUAUUCCUUCAUCCGCGACCGGGAGCACGAGCACCACGACCGCUGGCUGCUCUUCAACGACGCCGAGGUCAAGCCCUUCGACCCGGCGCACAUCGCGGCCGAGUGCUUCGGAGGAGAGAUGACGAGUAAAACAUAUGACUCGGUUACGGACAAGUUCAUGGACUUCUCCUUCGAGAAGACAAACAGCGCGUACAUGCUGUUCUACGAGUGGAGUCCUCCCAAAGCACAGCGCGGCUCCGAUUGUGGACAACAGGAAGAGGCACAGUCCUCGACGGCCGAGGAGUUGAGUCCGUGUGCUUCGGUGGAACGAAGAAGCGGUGAAGCGCCCACCAUCAAACUACCCCCCGAUCUGCUCAAAUGGAUAUGGGACGACAACAUGCAGUUCCUGCACGAUAAGAACAUAUUUCAGCACGCUUAUUUUACGUUCAUGGGUCAGAUGUGUAGUUCGGUACCCCAAACAUUAAUAACACUGCAUCCGGAGAUAACGGAAGUAGCAGCAAGAUUGUCAACGUCGUUCUUUAUUGAGACAUUUAUACACGCUAAAGAGAAGCCGACAAUGGUGUCGUGGGUGGAAUUAGUGACGAAACAAUAUAAUGCUUCGGCGGCAGCUUCGGAAUGGUUCCUGGGUCACAUGGCGGACGACACCUGGUGGCCGAUGCAAGUUUUAAUAAAAUGUCCGAAUCAAAUGGUCCGGCAAAUGUUUCAACGGCUUUGUAUGCAUGUCAUACAGAGACUUAGAUCUAGUCAUUGCGCCCUGUACCUCCAGGGUAUUGAAGACGAAGAUGACAGUAAACUGGGAGAGGCGAGCUGUGUUACUAGGUUUAUAAGGAUGUUGUUGUCUUUGAUGGAGAACGGUGCUCGGGCACAUUUACGGCAUCUGACGGAGUACUUCAGUUUGUUGUACGAGUUCAGUAAGAUGGGAGAGGAGGAAGGGAAGUUUCUGUUGCGGAUUAAUGCCAUCAGCAGCAUGGUCAACUUCUAUUUGGGCCAAAACGGAAAUUCACUGGAAUCGCCAACAGAGGAGGCGGGGGGCAGCGGCGCUGCGGAGAGCGGGGGGGACAAGCUGCGGCCCGGCGCGCUCGACAAGAUGGUGGCACUCGUCACCGGGCUCGUCGAGCGCUCGCGUGACGUCAGCGGACACCUCGUCCUGCGGGAGCCCGACGCCAAGGCGCUGCUGCACGCCAAGGGAUUUCCGUUUAUAUAUCAACAAACCCGGGAUUGCCUCAAUCUGCAACAGACGCGGUCUUUGAUUUUCGCCUUGUGUCGAUUCAACGAGCCGCUCGCGCAGAAGAUUGUCGGUACAAUCUUUCAGGCAAUAGCGAAGCACUCUGAGAGCUGUGGGCCCUUCUUCAAACUGCUGACGCUGCUGGUGGAGGGCAGCGGCGGCGGGGCGGGUGGCACGGGCGGGCUGCCUUGCUUCACGCAGCUGGUUCUGGCGCGGCUGUGGGAGUGCGGCGAGGUGUGUCCGCACGCCGCGCUAGAGUGGCUGGCGCUGCAAGUGCCCCGCAACAAGGCGGCGCACGCGUGGGCGCUGCGCACCGCCGAGCGCUGGGUGGAGCCGCAGCUGCUGGCGGCGGGCGCGGCGCGGGUGCGGGCGGCCGCGGCGCUGCUGCUGGUGGCGCUGGUCCCCUCGCAGCACUUCCGCGCGGGGUACGCACGGGCGCGACCUCCACCCGCCGCGACGAUGCACACCAAGCUGCCCGAUACUGCGCACCACACGCUGCACCAGGUGUACAGUAUGUUGCUUGGAAAAUUGAAAGCCGCUCGUAAAUACAUCGACAUUGCCGUUCAUGGAACUAUGAAGCUGACAGCCUAUUUCGGCGUCAUGUCGUACUGCGUCGUUAGCAGAGUGGAAAAAUUAAUGUUCGGUCAGUACUUUAACGAUCUCUGGGAUCUGUACCAUCCUGGGUUAUCGGAGCCGUCGGUAGCAGUGCACCACAACAAGCAAGCGCUGAUAACGUUCUGGCACGCCGUCUCCGUGGACUGCCCCGAGAACGUACAGCUGGCGGUCUCUAACCCGAGGGUCAUCAAACACAUCGCCUUCAAUUAUAUACUUGCGGACCAUGAGGACGGUGAAGUGGUGGCGUACAACCGCGCCAUGCUGCCGCCGUACUACGCGCUGCUGCGGCUGUGCUGUCGCCGGUCAGCGUCGUUCGCGCGCAUGCUGGCGCAGCAUCAAAACGUGCACUGGGCCUUCAGGAAUAUAGCGCCUCACGCUCAUUUAUAUCCCGGGGCGGCCGACGAACUGCUCAGAUUAGCACGGAUACUGGCGGCGCGCGGCGGCAACAUUGCGGGGACCAUGGUGGCGAACGUCGCCGGGACCAUGGUCGCCAACGUCACCGGCACUAUGGUUACCAACGUCACCGGCACGGUCACCAGUAACGGCAGCACCAUCACGACAACGAACAGCAACAGCAGUAACAGCAGCGGCAACGGCAGCGAAAACAACAGCGGCAGCGAGACCCCUGACGGCAGGGAAGCGGCCGCUUUCAGACGAAGCACGCUCGCUGCCUAUCUACAGGGUUUGAACGGGAGGACGUGUUGGACGACGUUAAUAUCGGCGUUCUGUACCUUAGUUGAAAACGAAGACGACAGAUUAUACGUAGUCUACAAUGGAGGAUUACAAAUGACCUUUGAGGCCCUGCACAGUCUGCACGCCGUGUACGUGGAGGGCGGCGGCGCGGGCGGGUCGGGGGCGGCGGCGGGCGCGGGCGGCGCGGUGCGUGCGGAGCUGGGCGCGGCGCUGCGCUGGGCGCGCUCGCUGUGCCGCACGCUGCGCACGCGCCGCGACGCCAAGGAGGCGCGCGCCCUGCUGCUCGCCUGCAAGGACUGGCCCGAGUGCGCGCGGCGUCUGCUCACCAUGCUCAACUUGCACCAUCGGUUCGAUCAUCUUCGGGAAGCCGCGCUAGGAGUACUGAAGGAGCUAGUGGUGAUGGGAGGUGCUGCGGCGCUGGGGGCGCUGGUCCCGCUGGCGGCCGGGGCUCACUGCGCCGCUCGCACCGCGCCGCCUCCCCGACACAGACACUCGCACCAGCCGCACCCUCACGCCGCCGCCUACAGACCCUACCACAAGUUCAUCGACACGUGCUGCCGCGUGGCUCGGAGCCAGCGCUGCAUGUCGGAGCAACUGGUGCUGCUGUCGGCGCUGUGCGCGCUGGAGGCUGUGCCGCUCCGGUUCAACUACUUCGCUGCGUUCUGGAGAGACGUCGCCUCCACGCCGGCCGAUGCGAAGUUAGAAGAGAUGUUAUUGGAGUGCAGCGUGUUGAAUGAAUACAUUGACGCGAUAAUACUCGACGAGCGGGAGUCUUUAGAAGACAUCGUUAUUUACGAGUUCAUGCAACUGUACCUGCCUAAGGCCCGCGACCCGGGAUGCAUCGGCGUCGCGGAGUCGCUGGCGGAGGAGCUGCGCGGGUCGGACGCGUGCUCGGGCGGCGUGCUGGGCUGCGUGCGCGCGCUCGUGCUGCUCGUGCCGCGCGCUCGCCCCGCCCCGCCCGCCGCGCGACACAUGCUGCGCGCCGCGCUGCUCGCCCAGCAGCGGCUGCAGCACGCCCCGCCGCCCGAGGAGGAAGAAUCGGAACCAGAAACGAGCAGGGAGUGUCCGCCCGAGACGGUCGCGUGCCACACGCCGGAGGGCAGCGACGCAGAGGACGCGGAGGAGGCGGGCUUCGAUCCCGAGGACGAUCCCGACGACGAGCCCGCGACGCCGACCGGCCCGCCCCGCCCCUCGCACUACCGCGCCCAGCUCGCGCUCGCCCUCAACACGCUCGUCGACAUGCUGCACCACAUGCUGGGGGAAGGAUAGGGUACCGUUCGACUGUAUCGCGAAAUCGAUCCUCUUCACGUUCGGUGAAAAUCGAUCCGGGCGCCGUCAGAAGGUCUGUGCGAGGCGAGUGCGGGCGCCCUAUCCGUCUUCGGUUCCGUGACGUGUACAUUAAACUGGCAAAGUGAUCGCCCUACGGAGUCAUAGAUGUCGAUUGUGAUAUUGAACUUCGUUAUCGAGUUCGUGAUUUUGUUUUAAAUUCAAUCGGAAAUGACAUAAUUAAAUAGUGAUGUGAUAAAAAAAAUUGAUUUAUGGAAUGCUCUUUAGAGACCGAAAAACUUUUGGAUUACUGAUCGUCAUGCAAAUAUAAUAUUCUUCUUGUAUUAAUUAGCUUUGUGCGUUGUGCAGUAACUUAUUUCUAAUCAAACUCUAAUUUACGUAUAAUAUAUUCUGUUCAAUGUGUGAUACAAAGGAAAAAUGGUUUCAGAAUACUGAAAUUAGAUAAGAUUAAAUUUUAUUUAUUUAAGAUGUUUGAAGUCGAUUUGAUGUUAAUUUUGGUGUUGCUAGGUAAAAAACUAUGUUGAUAUAAAAUUACAUAACAAAAUUAGCUCAAAACUCAUUUUAAUAAACGUUUGGAAGUGUUGGUUAAUGUUAAAAACUAAAUAAAUGGAUCUUGAUUUUGUGUCUUGUGCACGAAUAUAAAUAUUGUAUGUUUGAACUGUAUUUUAAAAGUACUUACUUAUCUAAGAUUGAUCUUAGAUUGCAUAGAAAAUCAAAUUAAAUAAAAAGUUCAAAAAUAUCAAAUUUUACAUUACAAAUUUAAAUGAAACCUCCCUUUUAAUAACUGUUAGUAGCACCUGGGUAAGAGUCACAGUGUUUUUGUAUUUUAUUAUUUAUUUCUGUUGGUCCUUUUCGACUAUCCUUUGGUAACUGCCUCGCGGCAUAUAUGCUAAAUAAGUAAAUUAGAUUUCCUUAUAUACAUAGUGAUGAAAUAAAUUUUUAAAUAACGAAAAUUUAUUUGACAUCCAAUAUCUCGUAUGUGAACUGUUUAGAUAAAUGAAGCAUAUACUAUUGAAUGUUCUGUUGUUUCAGUUCUGUAUUCUUAUGUAUACAGAAGAUUAUUUAGUGUAUUGACAUAUUUGUUUUGGCAGCAUAUUAAUUAGAUUUAAAAUUUAAUAAGUAUUCAAGUUUCAAAAAACAUGUUUAAUUAAGAUUCUUGUACAAUACUUCGGAUUAUGUUGUGGAAGUAUUAAAUGACAAAUCUUAAUCAAUUCUGAUCAUUUGUACACUGUGUAGCUUUUACAACUACCACCGCACUUUUUAAAUUCUAUGGGGUCCAUUUAAUACCUAAUUUGCGGGGUUUCAACACAUCACGCAUUUUUUCUGCUCGAAUUGAAAUGACUAGAAUAAAAAUAAAUAAAUUUGAAACCCUGCAAUUUAUGCUGUUAAUUUGACACCAAAAACUAUUUUAAGGACAAUGAUUUUUUAUUUAGUUUUUUUUUUGCAUUUCUAAAUUACUGAUUUGCUUUAUUGUGUUGUGAAAGACUGUCCCUCAUAAUAUUAAAUGACUAUAGGUUUUAUAAUGUUAUGAAUUUAGUGAAAUUGGUAAGCAGUUAUGUAUAAUCUUUAGAGAGAAAUGAAAAAUUCGUUUAGGCUGUGAAAGUUGUAAUUUCAGUUUGUGAAAAUUUGGGUCAAAAAUUACAAAUGAAACCCUUCGAACCAACCCUGUUUAUGUAAGUCUGACUAGUAGAUCAUAUCGUAAGUGUUAUAAUUGAGUCUCUCCCGUCCAAGGCGUGUACUUGUUUUUUUUUGUCUGGAUCAAUUUGGCCAGUACAUAUUAUAUUGUACGUCGAAUCUUUAUUGAAGCUUAUGGUUAUUGUUUCAAAUUCGUUUUGAAAUCUUUGGUUAGUAAGCAAUCAAUGCACUACUCAAAUAGUAGCAUCCACUUUUCUCAAAUUUUUGAAUUUAUGAUCAAGAAUUCAUGUAUAGAAAUUUAGUGAAAUAAUGUAUAUAUUGACUAUCAUAGAAUGCAAAAACGUGUCCAUUUUAUAUCUUUAUAGUAACACAAUGCAAAAAACUAAUAUUUGGUUUUGCAUUCGCAAAUAUACCUGUAGUACUUUUAAGCGUUGUUUGUUUGUCAUUCAGUAGAUUAAUUGUGUAAUGUUUCUUGAACAUUUAUAUGAAAAUAUGAUUAUCCCCAUAUAGCUACCAAUAAACAUUCGUGCACCAACUAAACGAAAAAGUAAUAACAGAGAAAAGAAAACGAAUUACUUAAAGCAGUUUUAGAAGUCUCAUGUUUUAUAUUCAUUUGCAUAUAAUUAAUAUUGGUGAACAUCUGAAUCUAUUUUAUAUUGUACCGGUAGGCGUUUGUUACGAGAUGAAGCAGUCACUGUACAAGUUGUGAAAGUAAUGAAUGUAUUGUGGUGCUAUCAAUCUGAAUGGAGUGACUGAUGAUAUAAGACAAAAUCUAUAUUUAAUUUUGUCCUAAUUUAGAGCUUAUUAAUAUAUACCUACAUUUUAAUAUAACUAUGCUAUAAUUAUCUUUAUUUUCUAAAUUCGUUGUAUGUACUGCAGCAUGGCGCGAUGGUGAGGGACGGUGGGCGUGCACUGCUCCCCUUUCGUUUUUAAACUUCUGUAUCAUAAUUAAAUUUAUGUAGUGAAACAGAUUGUCUCAGUUAUGUAACUGUUACUUAUGAUUUGUGGAAAAAUUAAGAAAAUACUGUAAAUCGGAUUGGAAAGCCAAAGUAAACAGUAUUUUGUA